UUUAGUUGUGGCAGUAAAAGUGCUAGAAAAGUUUUAAGUAGAUCAGUGCGUUUUCAUUUCUGAAUGGCUGUUGCGGAUGAGUUGUAGAUCAGUGGCACAUGUUAAUAAUGUCAUCAAGAUGCACCUUGUUACGACAGUUGAAGAGUUGGCUAGCAAUAAACAGCACUCUCUAGGAACGUAUCUUCGUGUGUUAUUUGCUUUACACACAAACAAUGGCCUUAUUUACAUUGUGUUAUUUACAUUAAGCAACGGUAUCAGAUCGGAUUACAUGUUUUUUUCCUUUCGAUAUCCGAUCCAGUGAUUUGGGCCAUUAUCGGACCGAUACAGAGUAUCGGAUCAGUGCCAGCCCUAGUCUGUACUUAUUGUGACGUGAAAACAUUAACAAAACAAUUUGACCAUGAGUGUCUGCACUUUUGCAAUAGACUGUUUAUGUAAAUAAUAGCACAAGUCGGUUCUCAUUUCUUACCAAUGCUUAGUCUUUGAAUUGCCACCUGAAUCCUUCUACAACUGCUGAUUUAUCAUGUUGCUAAGCAACUGUGUGCUGUUAGUGUGGAAAAAUGGAGCAUUUGUGUUUAGGCUCAUCAUGAACCUCAUCUAUAGAUUGCAAAGACCAGAGACAUAUAUGGGAGAUUUAUUUCCAUGACAGUUCCAUGCUUAAAGUUUAAUGAUGUAUUUUCUAGUCUUUUUCUAGCAUUGUUGCUUAGUUACCCUGUUAUGUGCAGCUAAUGAUGUAGACUACACCCAAAUUAUUUUAACUAUAAAGACUUUCUAUACAUAAGUGCCACUAAAUACAGCUUUUGGGUUAUGAUUGAUUAUUUUGAUUCAGAUUGAUGUCUUAUGGCUUGAUUUGAGUCAUUAGUUGUCAGGGAAGAGCAUGGCAUGGCAUGCAUCACAAGUCCUGGAACUCGGACAAAGACACACUGUUGGGUUUGAGCUUUGGCAGCUUCUUAAUGGGCUGUUUGUGUCUUUCUAGCUGUCAUGGAAACCAAGGAGAAUGGCUCGAUGGAAACCAAAAGUACGGUGGAGAAUGGGCAACUUCCCGAUCCUGCUCACUGGGCUGUAGCCGACGUUGUCAAUUAUUUCAAAGCUACUGGAUUUGAAGAGCAGGCCACUGCUUUCCAGGAUCAGGAAAUUGAUGGCAAAUCUCUCUUGCUCAUGACUCGCAACGACGUUCUGACCGGACUCUCGAUAAAACUGGGCCCUGCACUCAAAAUCUACGAGUUCCACGUGAAGCCGCUUCAGACCCAGCACUUAAAAAGCAACGCCUCGUAGCACCGAGGACAUCCGGCAGCUUGGAAGACAAUCACGCCAUGGAACAGCAGGGUAAUCUAAUCUGAGACUAAAGAUAAGGCCGAGUCCUGGCAUGUAUUUGAUGCGUCCUUUCGGGCAAAAAAAAGGACUGUAAUGUGAAUUUCUCCUUCUCAGUUUGAUUUAGGUCUUGAUUUGUGUUUGAUGCAUUUGACUUGUGUUUUGACUGAAAUCCCAAGAUCCUUCGCAAACAUGUACAGAUGUCAGAAUGUUCAAUAUUGUUUGAGAUUUUUUAAGCUUUUACUGUAAGAAAUAAUGCGCGAGAGUGUCUGACACUAAGGUUGUGAACACUACUAUGGAAGGUAUUGUCUAGCUAAGACAUGAAUUACGUUUUCAAAGCUUUUAUGGAACAUGAAUUCAUUAUUGUGUUAUUGAGCUGUACAUUGUGCAAAAAUAUGUUGGAGGGUGCUAAUUUAUUUUGCUUUUGCUUUUUUUCUUGAACGACUGAAAAUGCAUACAACCUGAUGUCAAGUCUGGUUGUAAAAACUAACAAUAGUUCAGCUGUAUUUGUUUUUUAUUGAGGUUUUAUUCACAUAUACUCACUCACUUUUGAAAUGGUAGCUUUAGGCCGGUUUAAAAAUUAAAC